UUGGGUGCGGAACAGCAGAUGUCACUAAAGCUAAUUUACACUUUAUAUCUGGAUUUAUUUUCAUUUUAAAGAUGCUAUACGCACAUAUAUACCUGCCAUGUAUUUGAUCAUUCAAUAAUAGGUGUUUAUUUCAAGGAUUACUAAAUGUUUAUUUCAUGUCUCGGUAUGUUACACGGAAGUGUAAUUGCAGCGCGUGUCGCUGUUUGUAAUUGACAGCUGAUGCUCCAACAUGGCACCGAAAGACCCUCUGCUCGGCACUCUCAAAGUGUGUGUCCUGAACCUGCAGUCAGAUGGAGACCUGGUGUCAGACAGCAACCCGCACCUCGCCUCCUGCUGCGAGCUGCUGGAGCUCGUGCUCAGGAAGGGGCUCCAACAGCCGGUUCUCAGCCUGGUGCACAGAGACUACUGGCAGUGUUUCGAGCAGCUCAACCAAAAAGACGCCUGCGGCAGGCUGUCCGCUCUCUCCCUGGUGGUGGAGCAGACCAGAGUUUGCAGGAAGCUGCUCUCCGCUCAGGGCCGAGGACGCUUCCUGCUCCGACUCGCCCUCAGCCGCAGAGCUCUGCCGCAGCUCAUCACACACCUGCUGCACACACCCCGAGUCCUGGAGUGUUACAGCCCGGAGGUGUCGAUCCUCAGGAAUGAGGAGUUUGUGGAGCCCUUCAUGUCGCUGCUGCUGGUCCUCUCUCACAUGGACUUUAAACUGGACAUGGAGGUACCUCAGUGGACGAGUCUUCGUCCUCGACCUGACGCCCGGUGGUCAGGCGCACGUCGACAAGUUUCUCUGUCCUGGAGACAUUAUUGACGAGAUCAACGGGACGUCCCUGAGGAAUUCAAAGAACGGACAGGCAGGCGUGGUUCUGUCUCGGCUGAAGGGCUGCCCUCUGUCCAUCGGGGUCCUGCGGUGGAGGGCUCGGGAUGGCACCGUGUAUCGGCCCCUCAUCAAACUCCUGCGCGCCCUGAGGACGGAGAACCCGGCGCUGCAGCUCGGCCCCGCCACCACCCAGCAGUCCGCCGCUAAGGACCAGAACACCUCUCCGUCACAGUGUCUCAAAGAGGGAAGGAUCGUGUACAUCGUGCAGUUCUUGGGAAAAGCAAACAUCGGCAUGUACGGGGGAAAGGAGGUGCUGCAGAACGCCAUCUCACAAGUGUUGCAGAAGAACCAGCCGAGCAAGGAAGUGCUCGUAGACCUGAAGGAAACACACCUGACGUGCACGGACAGAAACACUGAACUGGAGCUGUUUGAGCAUCACUAUCCAGAGAUUUCAUGUGUUGGGAGAUUCAGUCAACCGGACUACACCAUAUUUGCGUUCUGCGUGGCAGACUCCCCAGAAACCCCCCAGUCGACAGGCUUCUGCUGUGUGGCGCUCAGAGCCGGCAGCGUCCAGGAGUGCGAGGAGAUCGUGUGUCGUGUUGGUGAGGCAGCGUGCGCUAGUUUUAGAAAAGCAGUGAUUACACAUGAUAGUUAAAUUCAUUUUACACGAAGUUCCUGCAGUGAAUAGAAUCAUUAAUUAUACUUUGUUCUUUUACGCACUAAUAUAACUUAGCAAUGUUUAACAGUGAUCCUGGGUUAACUAGUAUUUAAGAUAUUGAACGCUUGUUUUGCUCUUUACAGCGACUGGUUUCAAACAUACCGAGUGGUUUGUAUGACAGCUCACCGACAGCCUGUUAUGUUGUAAAUAAAUGGAAUAAGUCUACACGCUGCGUUACUGACUGAACACACAACACGAGGCUUUCUACUCAUAAAGACUUUUAAUAGAAAGACAUGCGACAACAUUUUCAUAAAUAGUAUUAAAUGUAGCUGCCAAGAUUUUUAUGUUGAAAAACAUGUAAAAAGCAGUCCAGAAAAAUACGGGAGGGGUCUGCCAAGCUCGCAGUCGCCGAGUGUAGGAGCCGAAACCCAGACACUGCAGCGAGCUGGUCGAGCAGGACACGCUGGUGUUUUGUGAUGGUGAAGAGACCCUGGACCCCAUGGAAGAUGUGAAGAAUUCAUCCUCACGUCAAAGCGGGAGCCUGAUGCCCACAAAGAACUUGAAGGUGGUGUGAUGGCUGUACAACGUAGUAAUGACCCAUGA